UUUUCUAACUUGUCUUCAUCUCUACUGUAAUUGUUCACUGUUGUGUUAAGAAAUCAUCAUGGCGGAGGAAGAAACGGGCCCUAAAAUUACGAUUUUUGUAAAAACAGCAAAAGAGAAGAAAUCUGUGGAAAUUGAGGAGAGUGCUACUGUAAAAGAGUUGAAGGAGGAAGUGGCAAAACAAUUCAGCACUACCACUGAGCAAGUGUGUUUGAUUUUUGCGGGUAAAAUUUUAAAAGAUCAUGAAGACAUUAAAAGUCACAACAUCAAGAAUGGAUUGACUAUUCAUCUGGUCAUUCGAAGUGGCAAUAAACAACAAGAAUCGCCAUCAUCAACAACACCAAACCCAACCAAUCCACCUGGAAAUAUGUUUGGGCUUGGGGGUUUUGGUGGACUUCCUGGAAUGGGGGGGUUAGGAGGCCUUGCAGGACUUGCCAACAGUCCAGCUUUUUCUGAUAUGCAGCAAAGAAUGCAAAGAGAGCUUAUGAAUAAUCCAGAAAUGAUGAGACAGCUAUUUGAUAGUCCUAUUGUGCAGUCCCUAUUCUCCAAUCCAGAGACUCUCAGAGAUAUGAUUAUGAAUCAUCCUCAGAUGCAGCAGAUUAUGGAGAGGAAUCCUGAAAUUAACCACAUUUUCAAUAAUCCUGAUCUUUUGAGGCAUACAAUGGAAAUCAUGCGAAAUCCUGCUAUGUUACAAGAAGUUAUGAGGAAUCAAGACAGGGCACUUAGCAAUAUAGAAAGUGUUCCUGGUGGUUAUAAUGCUUUGAGACGCAUGUAUACAGAAUUGCAAGAACCUAUGUAUAAUGCAGCUCAGGAGCAGUUUGGGACAAAUCCAUUUGCAUCUCUUGUAAGCGAUUCUGGAGAUAAUGAUUCAAGUCAACAAGGAACAGAAAACCGAGACCCUUUACCCAAUCCUUGGGCACUUGGUGGAACUCAGAGUUCUGGUUCAACACCUCGUCCUGCAGGUUCUACUACUCCUAAUUUACUAGGAUCCCCUGGAAUGCAAAGCAUGUUCCAGCAACUAAGUGAAAAUCCACAGCUUUUAUCUAACAUCAAUACUCCAUUUUUACAGUCUAUGAUGCAAACAUUAGCAGCAAAUCCUGAUGCCACAACUAGAGUAAUUUCAU